AUGGAUGAAACCCAUAGUUUGCUAUUAAACGAAGAGGCACUCGAGGUGUGUCCCGAACAGAAGCGCCCCGUCUUUGUAUACGAAUGGCUCCGAUACCUCGAUCGGAUUUUGCCCAUAACUCAACGGGAAGACCUCAAGAAUGUACAGAAGGAGCUGCAGCAACAGCUCGAAUCGCGGCUGCACACAGUUACCGGUCCGCCGACGCGGAAGUUGAUCGCACGGUGCAUCGGAAGAGUUUACGCGUUGACCGGAGACAUUGUCGCACUCAAUAGCCUUCUAAAUUCGUGCAAUGAUACUCUCAAAGUGAAAGAUGAAUCGCCACGACAAGUGCAGAGUAAACUGUAAGUUUCGAAUAUAUUUGACAAUGAAUGAACGCAUUCUUCCAGCGCUGCUCUCGCCUGUCUCUCCGCUCUUUAUGAUUCGAUGGGUCGGAUGGCAGGGCGUUCGAUCGAGGACACACUCCAUAUUGUGAAGAAUUGGAUGGGAACAGCAGUUGCUCACUCGCAAGCGCACAUAAUGAACACACUGACGAGUAUGGUGAAAGCUCUCGGAGCGGGCGAUUCGGCGACGCACAAGAAGAUUCAUGCGAUCGCGAAAAGUGCCCUGCAGGACAGAACGAUGUGCAAGACGCCGCACGUCAAGAUCGCCACUUUGGAGUGUCUCACUGCUCUCGUACAAUAUCACACGCCAAUCUACACGACCGAACUGGAGGCGUCGUGCACAAUGUGCAUCAAAGUGCUCGAGGGAUCCACGUUUGAAUUGCGGUGUGCGGUUGCCAAGUUCAUGGCUCAAUUGACGUCGACUUCCAUGAAACCUCCGCCAGGGGCUGUUAUCAGUAUGCAAUCUAAUUUUGCGCAUAAAAUUUAUAUUUUCUUUACAGAGGCCAAAUCGAAUCAGAUGGUCCCAGUUCGUCCGGCUUCAGUCACAGACACUCUGAACCUGCUGGCUUCCGGAUUUCUUCGCGGAGGUAUCGGAGGAUUCUUAAAAGGAAGCUCAUCCACGUUCGCGACGAUGGGCCGUUCCGACAUCAGAAUCGGUGUCAGCAUUGUGAGUUGUUCAUAAAUAUUCUGUAAUUCUUACAAAUAUACUUCAGUGCUACGUCGAAAUGGUGCGAGAGAUGGGAUCCGCGUGGCUCGAAAAGCACCUCGUCGCAGUUUGUUGUCAUCUAGUUGACUUGGCUUCGAAAUGUGGACAUUUGGCGUACACACAGUAAGAUUGCAAUUUUCUGUUCCAUACACUCCUAACUUCAUUCAGAAAUGCGUCCCAUGUGACCGAGGCACUGAUCAUCCGCCGCUGCAUUUCGUUCAUUCUCCGUCAAACGGUCGGCUCGCUGCUCGGAGAGAACGCGCAGACGCUGGCGUGCAAGCAUCUCGGAGUUCUGCUUUCUCAAUACGUGGAUCUCGUCAGCAUCGGCACCGGUGACAAUCUCGACUCGUCCGUGGACAGCAGUGACUACGGCAGUGGAUAUGCGGUCAUUGUCAUUCUCCAAGAGAUAUCCGUGCUUGUUAGGCAGAUCGGCACUUCUGUUAUGCCGUUGUUCACCGAAGCCACGGGAAUAAUGGAGCACAUCUUCAAGUGUCUCACCCAUCCGCUUGCCUCCGCAAGGUACGCGGCUGCCUGGUGUCUCCGAUGCAUCGCCAUCGCGGUCCCCAAUCUGAUGACUCCUUUGAUCGAUCGAUGUCUUCCGAGAUUGGACCAAAUGUCCUCUUCUUCCCGUGCCGUCAGCGGCUUCUCCAUGGCUCUCGCAGCUCUUUUGGCAGCUUCAAACGACAGUUUGAAACUUGGAAUUCCUUAUGCCAAACCGCUGAAAGUGCUUGAUCUUGCUGAAGAAAUGCUGCGAACGGCCACUCAACAACCGAAGCUGACAAUAGCUAAGCUGGAGUCCGGAUGGAAUUUGAUCAACGCGCUUAUCCAUCUCGGACCGUCCGUCAUGAAGGAGCAUUUGCCACGUGUCAUCCGCCUGUGGAAAGCCGCGUUCCCGCGAAGUGCUCGGGAGGCGGAAACUGAAAACAGCCGAGGAGACGCAUUCUCGUGGCAGUGCGCAAUGGUCGCACAAGCGGGAGCUCUGUCCGUGAUGGAAGCGGUGGCUCUGCAGCCGGAACUGUGCUCGACGAACAGUGCGUUGGAGGCGAUGAAAGUGCCGAUCGAGUGCAGUCUUGUUAUGAUGUCACAGUAAGAUAGGAAAUUGCAUUCAGAUACUAAUAACAACUCUACAGAGUCGGAAAUCUAAUCAAGAGCUACGGAAGUGACAUGCGACAGGCGAACUCAGUUGUCCGCAUACGCCUCUAUCGACUCCUUCUGCUGCUCCCACAGAAAAGCUUCGAGGGAAGCUACGUGGCACUGCUCCGUGAACUCGUCGCCGACAUCACGCUGUCUGACAACUCGCAAAGCACUCUGACCACUUCGUUGCCGAUGAGUCAGUUCACCGGAGUCGAGAAAAUCCUGCUCUCUCCUUUGUACGAUGCCACCGAUUACUCGAUGGUCGAGGACCUGGUAUCUGAAGCCAUUCACCCAUUUUGUCCUAACGAAUUUGUUUUCAGCUUCAAACUCCAGUGUCGUCAGUGUCAAUCGGAAACAUCGAGGAAGAUCUCUCGAACCUCAUCCGAGCUUCCGCUUCACAAAUCGGAGACACGUGGCCGGAGAAUGAGUCGGAGUCGCUGACAUGUCUGAACACGGCACUGCUCACGUAUGGAAAAGUGUUUCCGUUGGUGGCGAACAAGCACAAAGUACAGAUAACCGAGCACUUUUGGGAAACGAUCCAAAAUUGCAAGAAUGCGGCUAGGAAACAGGCAGUCAGUUGUACUUUCUAGAGUCAAACGAGAACUCGAUUAUUUUAGAUUCUGGUGAAUGCGCUGACUGCGAAACUGUUUGCUUACAAAACUCUUUGCGAACAGCGAGCACAUCGCGUGGACAACGAAGCACUGCAAAAGGCGUCGUUCGAACUCAUCUCAUCAUCCCUUUCCAAUACGUGCCCAAUGACUCGUCUCGUUGGAGCGGAAGCCCUCGCCCGGCUCUCACAGGCCGUCGGAUCUGCACAGUUUGUUGCCACAAUGGCUCAGUACUGCUUUGACAAACUGAAGAAUUGCAAAGACGAAGUGAACAGAUCAGGCCACGUACUCGCCCUCGGAUGCCUUCAUCGACACGUGGGAUCCCUUGGAAGCGGACAACAUCUGAACACUGGAGUUUCCGUUGUGCUUGCUCUCGCCCAGGAUAAUCAACUGCCGAAAGUGCAAACAUGUGCGUUGGUGGCGAUGGCCUUGAUUGCUGAAACUGGAAGUGGAAUGUUUCGUGGAUUCGUGGAGACUGUGCUGAGUGUCUGCCUCAAACUGCUCAUCACCACUCCAACUUUUGUCGUCGAUGUUGUCCAGGGAAUCAGCAAAUCCCUAACCGCCCUGAUUACUUGUGUCGGGCCGGAACUCAGUUGUCCGGUGUCAUAGACGGUGUCCGAACCUCCCUGUUGGCAGCAUGCGCCAUCCAACUGUCUCAUUCGGAUCCGUUCGUUCAAUCGGAAGCCAUUUCUGGAUUGCAGCAGAUGCACCUCUUCGCCCCUCGCUACGUCCACAUGGCCCAACUUGUCACGGACGUCUGUUCGCUUCUCAGCUCCACUCAUUUGGUGAUCAGAAGGCAGGCGGUCAGUUGUCUCCGGCAGUUGGUGCAGAGAGAAUCGAAAGAGGUUCGGAAUCAUGCGCAAGUGCUCGUCCCUCAGGGAAUUGUGGACACGAGUAAGAGGAAAUUCGCUCUGCCCGAAUCCGGAUUGGAAGGAGCUCUGUUCGGAAUGUUGGAUACGGAAGUGAACAAAGAGUUAAGAUGUCACUUGCAAGAAACAUUGAUAUCACUCGUGCAAGGGACCAGUGGAGAGCUGCUGAACAGCUGGCUGAUGUUGUGCAAAGAGAUUCUGGCAACCAGCAGUGAUCACAGUGUGGCCAGGAAGAAAGACGAACGGAAAGAGCGAGGAGAAGAAGAUGUUGAUGACGACGACGACGAAGAAGGAGACGACGACACGAAUCUGGCAGGAAUGAGUUCGAUGAUGGAAGAGGACAAAGGAAAAGUGCAACCGAGAUGGCCGACGAAAGUGUUCACCAUGGAGAUUGUGAAUCGGCUGAUGAGUGUGUGCGACACCGAAAGGGCCCAUUUGGACAUGGCGCUCGCCAAGGAACUGCAGAUCACAUCGGCGGGGAAGAAUGAUUACUUGGUCCUCCACUUGUCCGACCUCGUUAGAAUGUCAUUCAUGGCUGCCACUUCUGACAACUCCUCGCUCCGAAUUGCGGGACUCAAGUCGCUGGAAGAGGUCAUCAAUCGAUUCUCGGCUUGUCCGGAACCCGAAUUCCCAGGCCACAUGAUUCUGGAACAGUUCCAGGCGCAAGUGGGCGCCGCUCUCCGCCCGGCGUUCACAGAUGACACCCCCAGUAAUGUGACGUCAGUAGCGUGCCAAGUAUGCAGCACUUGGAUUGGAAGCGGAGUCGCCAGGGACUUGAACGACUUGAAGCGUGUCCACCAAUUGCUUGUCUCAUCACUCAACAAACUUAAACAUGGCUCAAUCAACGUGCAGCUGUACAGCGAAAGUGCGGCGACGCUUGAGAAACUCUCGAUUCUGAAGGCGUGGGCUGAGGUUUACGUGACUGCAAUCGAACAGGAUCGGAUGAAGAGUGAGAACGAGGAGGCGAGGGACCACUACGAAUACAACGGCAGCGGAUCUCUCCUUUCGCUCGUCGAACCGGAAACGAACUCCCUGAUUGCUUACUGGUUAGCCACUCUGAACGACGCGGCUCUCCUUGCUCUUCCCGGCCAUUACUCGGAGCAAUUCUUGGGCCGUGGGGGUGCUUUCUUCAAUGCUCACAGUGCGGAAGCGUGUCGCGAGUACUAUCAGAUCUGCUGGCCUCCCAUUCUGCUAGCCUGUUCCACGUGGCUCAGCAAGAAAAAUUUCGAACUGCCGUCGGGACUGGAGCUCUCACCGGAUACGGCGUCAGUCUGGAGAGACGAAGGAAGCAUCUCCCGCUUCUACCUUCUCAUCGGAAUCGCCGUCGAGUCAAUGAGCAACAGGACGAGGCAGAUAGAAGACGAGACCAUCCAGAUGUCCGUGAAGUCGUUGACACGACUGUUGUCGUGCGAGUGGUGUCAGAUGCAUUUGAUGAGCGACGUGCCCGCCGUCAUCGAGAUUCUCUACGUUCUUCACCGAAGUGUCCUCACCCGGGACUGUCUGUCCACUCAAUUACAAUGCAUCGAAUGUGUCGGAUCGAUUCUUGAUGCCGCUCAGCUGGCGAUGCGAAUCUGUGCAUCUCGGGACAUUUCCAAUGGAAAUCUGGAAAGUGAAGACACUCUACGAAAUAUUCCGAAUGUUCUGUUCGACGGAGAAGAAGGAGGAAACGAAGGCGAGAUCGUCAACACGGACGGAGUAAAGACGAUCAGUUAUGCGACUCUGGAGUUGGCAGUGUGCGCAAUAUUCAAGCAGAUGCCACAGAUCAACUCGGCUCAACUCAAAACGAGCAGUCUCGCAGCUUUGCACCUCCGGAAAGUGGGCCGUCUGCCCGCGGAGAGCACCCACCUCGUCAUCAAAAGUAUGCAGAUUCUUGUGCAGAUCCCGAGCCUGUGCUCUCCUCAAUCUAAAUCACGGUGCUACCCGUCAUCAUGUACCUCCUGCUCGGAUUCGUCAGAGAGUCGGCACGAUUGGACGAGGGAGCGAUUCAAUUGACCGACCGUUCCGGGCAUCUUUCCGCCAUUGCCGCAGCAGCGAUUCAGUCGAUUCGAAGUCUUGUCAGUCAAGUGCCGGACGAUGAGACAGCCGACAGUUGGAAGUCGAUCAUGAGAAACGCAUUCUACUCGGUUAUCAACAUGUCUGAAGGUACCAAACUUUCCGGUGCUACAACGAAGUAGAACUCGCACGGAAUGGAACUGUUACGAUUUGGAACUCGCAGUUAUAUUUUAACGUUGCGAGUUCGUAAUCGUUGCGAGUUCGUAACCAAAUCGUAACAGUCCCAUGCCGUGCGAGUUCUACUUCGUUAUAGCGCCAACUUUCCCUCUUUACGAAUUUCUUUCCAAUUUAAAACUUGCAGACAACGAUAGAAUGCAAUUGGACAAGUGCAUAAUCAUGUUGGCCGCCGUCGUCUUCACCACUUCAGCUCCAGUCGACGUCGUUCUCGCACAUCAAGAAUCGUUCAGCAAGCUGAUUGUUUUGUUGAAGCGGCAGUUGCAAAGCGAGAACGUGGCAGUGAUGAUGAAGACGUUGCAAUCGCUCACUUCGAUAUUCGGAAGAAGGAAUUUCGGAGGCAUCUUCGUGAAGCAUCUCGGCAAGGAAAUCAUGCCAGUUAUCAAAAAGUGCACGGCCAAAAUAGACAGUCAGACGGAGACGAUCAAUGAAUCGGAUUUGGCAAUCAUUCAGGAAUGUGUGAAAGUGAUCGAAGUUCUCGCGAUCAACGCGAAAGACGGAAAGAAGAUCCAUGUGAUCUCUCUUCUCGUCCAACUACUUGUCCGUCUGCUGAGAGCAACGUCUCAUACGGAAUGGCGCAAAGUCGGCACAACGGAGAAGAAGUUGCACGAGAUGGCGAUCGGCAGGCUGAAUGCCGCUGCGUCGAUGUGGCCGAAAGAAUUCAAAAAGGUGAUUGAAUGGAAUCAGGAGCUGAAGACGAGGCUGGAGAGUGCUCUUCUGCUCCAAUCUUCUCGACAUGCCCAUCAAAUUUCGCUGGCUAAAGCUCAAGAGACAACUGUAAGUAGCUUAGUCCUGAAGGCACACAAAACAUGCUCAUUUUCAGAACAAACCGGUCCUUCAGCAACCCAGAAUUAGGCUGACCAUGUUUGGUGCUGAAAAUGCUUGA